CAUUCUCAUACACAUUCUCUAAAAAUAUAUAUCAAGAUGCAUCCCUAUGGAGAUUCAUACAAUUAGAAUUUUCGAGCACCGCGACAAGCCACAACCCGUCCAAAUACCACCACCGCACCAUACACCCAAAUGGCGCUAACAAAUUAUCCAAUUGUUUUCAACAAAACGUCAUGGGUUUUCUCCUACAAGUUCAAACGCAAUAACCUGCAAGUGUUCUGGAGUCACAACCGGAGUAACGGGAUGAGUUCCGAAAUUCCGGUGGAAACCUCUUCGGUUGCCAUGGUUGUGCCGUCCUCACCGCUGCCCUUCGGGUCAAGUGUGGGGGCCGCAACCAUGACGUCAUUCUCGAUGCCGAGCUCGAUCUUCAGCUUUGUUUCUGGGUACGGAACGAGUCUUGGCGACGAUGUCUUUAACGUGACGGUCCACGUGAACGGCGAAAGCGCCAUUGGGACAACAGACACAAAUUUCAUCUGUGCAACUUUGGAUUGGUGGCCAAAAGAAAAGUGCAAUGAGAAGAAAAACUGCCCUUGGGCCAAUGCCACUCUCCUAACUUUGAAUCUCAACAAUAGUGUUUUGCUAAAUGCAAUAAAAGCAUUCUCUAGACUGAAAAUUAGGCUGGGCGGCACUUUGCAAGAUAAGGUCGUCUACCAAACCAAUCGUUCGGAACUGUGCAAACCAUUUCGUUUGGACGAGACGAAAUUGUUUUCCUUCACUCAGGGGUGCUUACCUCUGUCUAGAUGGGAUGAACUGAAUGAGUUCUUCAUCAAAUCAGGAGCUUUUAUCACAUUUGGGUUGAAUGCACUCUCUGGAAGAAGAAUGGAAGCAGGCAGUAGUGACAUUGCUACUACUGGGUCAUGGAAUUCAACCAAUGCCAAAUUUCUCAUGACAUAUUCUCUCGACAAGCGGUAUCAUAUCCACGGCUGGGAGUUGGGGAACGAGUUGGUUGGACGAAGCGCGAUAGGGAGACAAAUUCCAGCAGAUGUGUAUGCUAAUGACACCAUCCAUCUUCACAGGAUAGUCAAAAACCUUUACAAGGAUCCUAAAACCCGUCCAAUAGUCAUGGCACCAGGUGGUUUCUUUGAUGAAGAAUGGUUCAAAAAAUACUUGCAGAAAGCAAAUCACUCCUUGGACGCGGCCACUCACCAUAUAUAUGAUCUUGGUGCAGGAAGCGAUUUGAACCUGACAAAUAGAAUCCUUGACCCUGGGGUUCUUGAUGGAGACACGAAUAUAUUGAAGCAAUUGCGUGGCCUGGUCCAUGGAACUAAAGUGCAGGCUUGGGUUGGCGAGGCUGGAGGGGCAUAUAACAGCGGAGGACCAAAUGUGUCAAACACCUUUGUUUCUAGCUUCUGGUAUCUCAACCAGCUUGGGAUGUCGGCCUCGUACAAUACCAAAGUAUACUGCAGGCAGACACUAGUAGGAGGAAACUACGGUUUACUCAACGCCACUACCUUUCAUCCCAAUCCAGAUUACUACAGUGCUCUUCUAUGGGACCGAUUGAUGGGAGAGAAAUCGCUCAACACAAGCUUUGAAGGGACAAAGAAACUACGGGCUUUUACGCAUUGUGCAAAGAAACUUGGAGGGAUCACCAUGUUGCUGAUGAACCUAGAUGACAAGCGAAACAUCACGGUGAACACUUCGCGAAUUCACAUGACGAGCCGUAAGCCAGAGCCAAGACAAGAGUACCAUUUGACAGCACCGGAUGGCGAUUUACACAGCCAAACAGUGCAACUAAAUGGGAAGAAACUUGAAGUUAAUUCGGUGUCAGGAGAAAUCCCAAUAAUCCAGCCAUUAGCUUACGCUUUGCACCAGCUAAUAAAUGUGGCUCCUCAUUCCAUUGUCUUUGCUCACAUACCUUCUGCACACCUACCAGCUUGCAAAGGCAAGCAAUAGCUAUGAUAUUUCAAUUCCUCAAAUUAAUCCCUAUGUUUGGG